AUGUUCUAUGUGAUCUCUCGCGGCAGCAGCGCCGAUCUACAAGACCUGCUGGUGGCCCACAGCGGGGACAGCGGCGGCGGCGCCGGCGCAGCCGACGCGCGCGCGCCGUCGCUGCGCGAGACGGUCGCGCGCUGCAGCCAGCGGCUGACGCAGGGCCCCGACGGCCUCGCGGACGGCACGCCCGUCACCUACGAGCGCGCGCUCGAGGCCAGCUCGCAGGCGCGCGUCAUCCCGGAGCCGCGGCCGCCGUUCCGUGUGGUGGCGGUCAGCCGCGAGUUCGAGCGGCUUUCGGGGUGGCGCGCGGCGGAGGUGCGGGGCCUCCCCCUGGCGGAGCUGCUGCAGGGGGGCGCGGCCGCCCCCGAGACGCUGCACAGCAUACGCGGCGCGGCGGCUACCUAUGAGCUCGUUGCGGUCGCGUGCGUCCACGCCAGGAAGGACGGGUCCACGGUCCCCGCCCGCCUGGCCGUGUCGCCCCUGUUUGACGGCCACGGCCACGUCACCCACCUCCUGGGCGUGGUGACACACCAGCAGGCCGGCGGCGAGGCGGCCGCGGGGGCGCGCCAGGAGCAGCAGCACGCCCCAGUGGCGGCGGCGGCGCAGCAGGUGGAAGCGCAUCACCUGGCAGCAACGCAGCACGAGUAG